AGCCAAGCAGUUUGUCAAGCACAAGCAUAUUGAGAGUGACGGCGUUGUUGACGUUAAAUUCGUUUUAUAUGUUAAAUAUUUUCUUUUUUAUUUUUUCCCCCGCCGCAAUAAUAAGAACGAGAAAAAAGAACACGCGUUUGAUUAGCUGAAUUGCGAGAAUGUCUACUUACCGUCAACCGGUGCAUUCUGUACACAAUAAACGAUUCUGGACGGAAUUUUUCAGUUUAUAUAAAAGCUUUCCCGCCUUGUGGGACACGAACAACGCAAUGUAUAAGGAUCGUCAAAUGAAAUUCGAAGCUUACGGAGUUAUGGUAGAAAAACUACGAGAAAUCGAACCGAAUGCUGAACGUGAAGAUGUUUUGCGCAGAAUAAACAUAUUUCGCACGAAUUUUCGUCGCGAAUGUUCACGUAUUAGCAAGAAUUUGCAAGAAGGUAAAAAUUACAAAUCCACCUUAUGGUAUUUCGAUUUAUUGCGAUUUCUGCACGCGCAACCAACAAGUGAUACCAGACGAGAGAAAAGACGUAAAUUAAGUGAACCUGGCGAAAAUAGUAUUAUGCGUAAGCAAUCUCCUGCCACAGCUCCGGGCAAUAAAUCAGCCCACAAUUUUUCAGCAACUCCUAAAAGUGAGCAUUUCAUUGAGUAUCAACCCCAAGAAGAUUAUGAAGUAUACGUAUGCGAGGAUAGUAUUGAGUGUGAAUAUUCAACAAAUGAUACCGUCGAAACUCUGAUUGAAGAGGACGAUCACUCUCUCAAACCAUGUCAAAGUGCGGAUAGUCGUAGCUCUUCGUCACAACUUAAACGGACCGAUUAUGCCGAAGAUAUUUUAGAAGCAGCCGGCGGAGGCAAUAGCCGUAGCAGUUUGCAAGAUUAUCAUCAAGAAUUUCAGAACUUCGCCUUAGCACGUAAUACGCAAACAAAAAAAUAUACUAAAAAAAAUGCACGCCAUGAUUAUGUACCAGAAACAACGCAACAUCUCAAUAAUCAGAAGCCAACUGCAGAUCCUGAAUGCAAAAGUUCGUCCUUUACAAAUGCAACACAACUUCAGCAACGACUUAAUGACUCAACAAUAUUGCAGCCAAUUAAAAUGGAGCGCAGUGUUAAAACGACGACCUCAAUGCCAUCAUCUAUUGCCAAUAACCUCAUUACGAGCAAUUCAAAAUUAAGUAAAUCCGCUGAAAUUUUAGCGAAAUCGUGGGCUUUGCAAUACGACGAACUGAUGGAUGAACAAAAAAUAUUAGCACGCAAAGCUAUAGCAGAUAUACUGUUCGAGGGUUGUAUGUCAAAUUUAACUAUCGGUGCCAAUGGUCGCGUAGUUAUUGGUAAACCACAAUUAUAACAAUAACAAUA